CCCACCACUACAACCACGUGACUCGUUGCGCAGCCGCUGCCCGCGCGUCCCUGAUUGAGCUCCAGACCAGACCGGCGACGCCAUGCCCCGCGGAAGCCGCAGCCGACUGAGCCGGCCUGCUCCUGCCCGAGCCCCUCCCCCUGCUCGCCUCCCUCCAACUGCUGUUGCACCAACCGUGGUCCAGCCCCGGCAACCCGGCAUGAUGGCCCAGAUGGCCACUACAGCGGCCGGAGUGGCGGUGGGCUCGGCUGUGGGCCAUAUGAUGGGGAGCGCCUUAACCGGAGCAUUCAGCGGUGGCAGUGGCUCGGAGCCGGCCAGGGCAGAUGUCACCUACCAGGAACCCCAGCAGGCAACACCUCUGACUCAAGCUCAAGCCCCAGAGAACAGACCCUGCCUGUUUGAAAUGAGACAGUUUCUGGAGUGUGCCCAGAACCAGCACGAUCUAACACUGUGCGACGGUUUCAAUGAGGUGCUGAAGCAAUGCAGGUCUGCAUAUGGUAUUAACUAAAGUAGAAGUUACCUGUUGAAAGACUGCAGCGUGAAGAGAAGAGAUUAUGAAGAUUCCUGUUAUGCCCCACACAUUUUCAGUGACGGGGUCACAAUUGUGACUAAUGUAUUGUCAUUAGAUGUGAAUAAAAUGUCGUAAUGAUUAA